UGAUCUCGUGCGGUCCUGCUGCGGUUCCAUUAGGACCAUGCUGUACUUCGUGCUGACAGUCUUACUCCUGUUUAACGAGGCUGCGAGCACCGAGACGACAACUGCACCGGUGUCGUCGACUCUCGGUGCUCUGUACCGUCAGGCCAGGUCCGAUCAGUACUUCUCGAACAGAUACGGAAGUGACGGGACGUCUUUCAGUUCCGGUGCCAUCGGCGUCAGAUCCGAGCCGGUUGAACAUCGCGACGCUGCUUACUUCGAGUCGCGAUGCCUCACUUGCGACCCUGCAAAAUCAGUAGCCGCGGAAAGAAGUACGUACUCCAGACCGAGGCCACGAUCCAGGUACGACUACUACGAGGACGAGAUCGAAGAUCGCCGCUAUCGAGAUCGAUACGACGAGUACGUCGAUCGAUCCAAAGCACCGGCUUACGAUUACGAUCGAUACGACCGGUACAGGAAGAACGAGCUCAUGAGACCGACGUACGUCGACCGGUACGGGAGAAAUAAACUCCAACGUAUUUUCCAAGUCCUAUGGAACCCUGACCAUCGAUCAUUAAUAUCAAUUUAAUUUUUUUGUAGAUACGACGGAAGCUACGAUCGCGACCGCUACUACGAUGGAUUUUACGACCGCCUCCACGAUCGCGGGAACGGAUAUGACAACUUGGACUCCCGAUUCCCAUACGACCCCCGAUACGACCGCUAUAAUGGUUUUCGCCGUCCUAUGGAAGAUCCGUACUAUAGUCGGUACGACCGUUACAAUCGACCCCAGGGAAGCGGAUACGAUCGAUACGAUCGAUACGAUCGAUACGAGCCAUACGACCGAAUGCCUUGGAGAAGGCCCUACGACGACCGAUACGAUCGGAACGUCGGUCGGGGGGGUCCCGAUGGAAGAGGGGUGUACUACACUUCCGGGGUAUGGGGUCCAGGAUACGACAGGGGGUACGCCAGUGCCUGGAAUUACGCCGGAAACCGGGAAAACUGGAGAGACCUCAAUCGAGAUCGAGACGGCGGACUUUAUCGACCCAGGGACUAUUUUUAUGACAGCACCGCGGCUCCUGGAGGAUCUCGAGGCACCAGCUAUUUACACGAUCGGCCUGAGUCCUCGACCAAACCCGAGCUGAACGAUCGAGAGAAGCAUGCAACAAGUCUGCCGCAGUCGCAGGAUAAUAAGGUGUACAAGGACUAG